AUGCACUGUCAAAAUGCAGAAAGUCCAGUCAAACAAGAAAAAGAAGAAGAGAGAAACGAAACUACAAGUCCUACGACGGUUUUAAGUUCAUUAAAUACAAAAAAUACUACAAUGGCAUUACGAAGAUUAUAUCAAACAAAACAGACCGGUACUGUAAGAUUAUAUUUAGUUCGACAUGGUGAACGUCUUGAUGAAGUUCCUGGUAAUACAUUUUAUAAGAAUUGUGGUGAACAGUGGUAUGAUCCCCCAUUAACUGAAAUGGGUAAAAGACAGGCUUAUUAUACUGCGACAUAUUUGAAAAGUAUUUUACAAAAUUUACCUCCAGUUUUAUAUGUUAGUCCUUUAUCACGGACUGUACAGACUGCCGUCGAAAUAGCUAAUUAUUUAAAUAGUUUCAUUGAAUUAGUAGCAGGACUAGCGCACUGUGCAGCAGCAUUUCAAUCAGGUGGUGUUUUAUUACAGCAAUCAUCUUUUUUAUCCGAAUCAGACAUUGUUACAUUAUGUCCAACCAUUAAAUUAGGUGAAUAUGAGUGGAUUGACACUGAUACAUUUAUGGAUUGUAUAAUUAGAUUAUGUGUAAUAUCAGGAGCAAAUAGCGAAGUAGUAUGUGUUACACACCGUGAAGGCAUACGUGAUUUAAGUAAAAGUAACUUAUGUGUGAGUGGUAAAAAAAUACAGUAUACACCAUAUUGUUGUAUAGCAAAAUUUACAUACAACUUAGAAACUAAAACAUUUCAAAGUCAUGGAAUCAUCGGAGAUAAUAAAGAAAUCUAUUCAUAG